AUGUCGGCAGAUAAUAUUCCGACGAGUGACGAUAACCAGAUAUCCGGUGGAGGCCGGAAGACAGUAUCCGUGAAACCACCGGAGCCACCCAUGAAAUGCCCUAGAUGUGAUUCGCCCAACACCAAAUUCUGCUAUUACAACAAUUACAGCCUCACACAGCCACGGCAUUUCUGCAAGACUUGCAGGAGGUACUGGACCAAAGGAGGCGCUCUACGAAACGUUCCUAUCGGCGGCGGUUGUCGCAAGAACAAGAGGAGUACUAAAUCGACUGCUAGGCUUUCUUGUGGUGAUUCAAAGGAUUCCGCCACAUCAUCUCACUCCGGUGGAUUUAAGCUCUUUCAGGGACUUUCUCCAGCCAUGGAUUUCCAACUUGGUGGUGUUGGUAUGGGUGGUGGUGGGCUCCCUUUCUCCAUACUUCAUUCUUCCCCUGUUUAUAAUACUAAUAACAAUCAUCACUUCGUCUCUUUGGGGGGAGACUUACCAUCAUCAGUUGCUGCUGCUGCUGCUGCAGCAAAUGCAACCAUUAAUCCUUCCUGUUUCGAUAUCGAUGAUGCUGCUGCUGCCGCCACAGCUACUUCUGGGUCUUUGAUGGGUUUUAACCUAAGCAGCUAUCCGAUUGGGAUUGGGGAUGGAGAUUUCAAAUCCGAAGGUGGGAUUAGGGAAAUGGGUUCCAAUUCGAUGAAUGUUCACAGUAGACUCGCAUCUUCGAUUGAGUCUUUGAGUUGUAUCAAUCAAGAUCUCCACUGGAAAUUACAGCAACAGAGAUUAGCUAUGCUUUUCAGUGGAGAAUCGCCUAAAGAUGGAGAAGGCGUUUCAGCUCUUCCUGUAAAUGUUGUACCUGAAAUCCAGACACAAAAACCAGAGCCCAUUUCAUUUCAGAAUCUCGGGAUCUCAAAACAAGAGGUUUCAGCCAUUAAUAAUCCCACGAACAAGGAAAGAGGUAUGAGUGGUGGUACCACGACAACCACUACCGAGUGGUUCUUUGAGAACUCUUACAGUACUCCAACCUCCACUACCACCACGAAGAACAACAACAGUGGAAGCAACGAAAACGAUAAUACGAGCAACUGGAAUGGAAUUCAAGCGUGGACGGAUUUGCAUCAGUAUAGUGAGUUGCCCUAAGAGAGAGAGAGAGA